GACAGGAUUGGGUUUGUUCUGUAGUUUUCUAAAAAACGUUUAGGGCUAAGUAGUAGUUUUUGUAGAAUUGUUUCGUACGAUAUUCAGAAUGGUUAUUUUUAUUCAAUCUUUUGAUUCACGCCAGUCGUCAUGUAUCGCAUUAAGCAACAAAGAAACAAGAAUCAGGAUUAAAGAUUUAAAAGAAUCAGUAUUUUUAUCUCAGGGAAUUCCUGUAAAUCAGUUCCAGGUUGUUGUAAAUAAACAUUAUGUUAAAGAUGAAGAAUUCAUUGAAGAUGGAUCUGUGGCUCGCCUUGUGUUGUUGUUACCUGGUGGAAAGGGAGGAUUUGGUUCUAUGCUUCGUGCUAUUGGUGCUCAAAUUGAGAAAACAACUAAUCGAGAAGCUUGUAGAGAUUUAAGUGGACGUAGACUUCGGGAUGUUAAUGAGGAAAAAAGAUUAAAAAAGUGGAUAUCUAAGCAAGCAGAACGAGAAAGGGAAGCAGCCGAACGUAAAAAAGCAAAAUUAGAACGAUUGCGAUCAAUGCCUAAGCACAAUUUUCAUGAUCCUGAAUAUGACCAACAACGUAGUGAGCUACCAGAGAAAAUUGAUGAUGCUUUGGUUCAAGGUCUACAAAGUGCUGAGAGUGGUCCUUCAUCAAAAAAAAGAAAACCCCAAGAUUCUGCACGAGCUUCCAAGAAAACAUGCCUGUGGCUAGGAGUGGAUAUGAGUGAAGCUGAUAUUGAGGAUCAGUCUGACACGGAUAGUGAAGGAAAUGGCCAAACUCAGGAUCAUGUAUCUGCCAACCAGAGUGUCAGGCUCACAUCAAGAUUUGAGGAAGCAAAACAGAGUCAAGAUUCUGGAAAUGAUGAUAAUUCUCAGUUUUUGAACCCAUCGUGUUCCACAAGUAAGGAACAGUAUGAGAGUUCAUUAGGGUCUGCAUCAUGUGUAAAUGAAUGUUUACAAGAAUCAGACUCGGCCAACAAAUGUGAAAGACCACCUUUCUUAAAACCAUACCACAGAAGAGAAAGUUUUACAAUUGUUGAUGAUAAACCAAUCAUCCUGAUGGAAUAUCAGAGUCCUCAAGAGUUAGAGGCACUUGGCUUAGAUAGACUGAAAAUGGAGUUAAUGAAUCAUGGACUAAAGUGUGGAGGAACUCUUCAACAGAGGGCUCAGCGCUUGUGGUCUAUACGUGGGCUUGAACACCAUGAGAUAGACUCUUCCUUGCUUGCAAAACCUCAGAAAAAUAAAAAAAUAACUUAAACUUGCAGAAGGAAAAGAAUUAAAUUGCUGAUACUUAGAUAAGAAAAUAUUUUAGAACACAGAGGUAUUCUUUGUCUUGUUAUGACACUGAAUCCACAUUAAGAAUAUUUUUAAUCUUUUUUUAUAUUGAUCAAUGCCCAGGACAACAAUUCUUAUCAUUGUACAAAGUAGAUUUCUAGGGAGCCAUGCAAGUUUCUGAAAAUUCUGAACUGCAGAAGUCUAGCACAUACCCACAAACAUUUAAAAAUGCUUAUCUCUAAACCUCAUAUCAAAACUGUAUACCCAAAUAUACAUAUCUUUUUAAUACACAAACCUUCAGUCACAUACACACACAGACUGAUAAAUGUUUUUAAAUUAAUUUACCAAUAUUA